AUGAAAGUAUCAGUUACCACUUUAGCUGCACUCUCAUUACUUUCUGCCGACUCUUUAGCAAACGCCUUACCUCGUUUUGCCUUCAAAAGAGAUAACGAAUGUACAACAACUGCCACUGCCCCAGGCCAUCAACAUAAAAGAGCAGUUGCAGUGGAGUACGUCUACGAGACUGUCAUCGUUGAUGGAAAUGGAAAUCAAAUAACUCAAGGCGUCAAUACACAGCCUUCAGCAGCAUCUAUUCUCAACUCGAUAAUAUCAUCAGCACCAACAACUCACUCUACAACAACAGCAAAUGUUAUUUCUGCUGUUUCUACAGUAAGCACAUCUACAACAACUCAACAGCAACAGACAACUACAACAACUACAUCAUCUACAUCAACUACUGCAGCUGCUGCAGCAACAGCUGCCGCCCCGGCAGUUGCUGACUCAAGUUCCUCUUCCUCCUCCUCUUCCUCCUCCUCAAGCAGUAUAUCGGGUGACUUAGCCUCAUACUCAGGUCCUUCAGAAAAAUUUGAAGACGGAACCAUCCCCUGUAGUCAGUUCCCAUCUGGUCAAGGUGUAAUUCCUAUAUCUUGGUUAAAUGAAGGUGGCUGGUCAGGUGUCGAAAACACUGACAGUUCCACUGGUGGUUCAUGCGAGGAAGGUUCAUAUUGCUCGUACGCCUGUCAGGCAGGUAUGUCCAAAACACAAUGGCCUUCCAACCAACCUUCUGAUGGUAGAUCCGUGGGUGGUUUGUUAUGUCAAAAUGGGUACUUGUAUCGUUCUAACACUGAUUCAGAUUAUCUAUGUGAAUGGGGGGUUAAUGCUGCAGUUGUCUCUUCAGAAUUAAGUCAAGGUGUCGCCAUUUGUAGAACUGAUUAUCCAGGUACUGAAAAUAUGGUCAUUCCAACUUAUGUUGAUGCUGGUAAUACUGUCCCAUUAACAGUGGUAGACGAAGAUACAUACUACACUUGGGAAGGAAUGAAAACAUCCGCUCAAUAUUACGUUAACAAUGCCGGUGUUUCAGUGGAAGACGGUUGUAUUUGGGGUACUGAUGGAUCUGGUGUAGGUAAUUGGGCUCCAUUGAAUUUUGGUGCUGGUUCAUCAGGUGGGAUAAGUUACUUGUCAUUAAUUCCAAAUCCAAAUAACAAAGCCGCAUUAAACUUCAACGUUAAAAUUGUUGCUGCUGACGACCAAUCUACUGUGAACGGCGAAUGUUACUACGAGAAUGGUAGCUUUGUCGGAGGUGAAGAUGGUUGUACCGUCGCUGUUACAUCCGGUCAAGCUAAAUUUGUAUUGUACAAUUAA